AUGGCGUUCACCUACUGCUGCGACGUCGCGGCGACGAGUGCGGCGGUCGAAGCCAUCGUCAACUCUAGUGCAGCGCUCUGUCUCGAUCUCGAAUGGGACUCUCACGACCCGAACACGCCGCUGUCACUCAUCCAAGCUGCCACCGGGACCGGCACCGGGACCGGCACCGGACAGCCCUUCCUCCUGGACGUGGUGCGUGUGCCGUCUGCGGCCGCCGUAAACGUGAGCAGGAUGUCCUCGCUCGGCGAGAUCAUCGCAUCGCAGCAUCCAGUGGCCAUGCACGCCGCGGCCCAAGACCGGCUCGUGCUCCAGAGGCACGGCAUCGCCCUUGUCAAUCUCUUCGACACGCAGAUCGCGCACGAGCUGCUCACGGGCGCCAGGAGGAAGAGCCUCAGAGACGUGCUGCAGCACUGGCUCGGGAUCGACAUCUCCAAGGGCGGAGAGCUCAUGAGGCGGUUCAUGCAGACGCCGCAUGCGUGGACCUCUCGUCCGCUGCCCGACUACGUCCUCGACUACGCCGCGGAGGACGUGCGCCACCUACCGCAGCUCUACGCCACCAUGAAGGCUGAGGCCGAGCGCCGCGGCGCCGAUGUCCUCGACCAGAUCCUCGUGCUCUCGCGGGGUGAUCGCGUCUCCGCCGCCGCAGCCAGCGCCGCUAAAUACACCGCUACCAUCAAGUGGUUCGACCGCAAGAAAGGGUACGGCUUUGCCUCGCCCGAGGGGGGCGGCGACGACCUCUUCGUGCACGCGCUCAACUUUGCCAAGGAGGAGGGCAACAAACAGCCGUUCGUGGACGACGGCGACAUCAUCUACUACGACCUCGGCGAGUACAACGGCCGUCCGACCGCCGUCAACGUCACCUUCCCUGCGGACAGGCCUGCCCGGUCGCGCCGGCGCCGAUUCGUGGCGCGUGAGCAGCAGCAGAUUCCGCAGCCGCAGCAGACGCCGGUUCCGUUGCAGGAGGACAGCCCGCCCGCACUUGCGCCGGUUCCGGCGGUGGCGCGGAUUGCAGCCAAGGGCAAGGGCAAGGGCGCGGCGGCGGCUGUGGCGAGGGAGACGGCCCUUGCCUUCCUCGCCUUCCUCGACGCGAACGUGGAGGUGCGGGCAGAGUGCGAGGACAAGGACGCUUUCCGGCGAAGGCUCGCCGCCUGGCGAGCCGAGGAGGCUGCCGCAGGUCGCCAACGUCAACGCCACAAAGCGCAGGACGUCCUUUUUCAGCUCCUGCGGUCGGGGAAGGCGGCAGUGGCCGGAUCCACCAUCGCCUUUCUGGCCCAUGGCGGCAAGCGGGCGAAGCAGGAGGCGCUGGCGGCGUCUGCGGGGCGUGUCGAGGCGAACCGCUCGACGAUUGAGGCGGACAAGGGCGGUGUCGCCGUCUCGGGGGUGGCGCUGCCCGAGACGGUGCGGCCGGGCGAGACCGCAACCUGCCAGGUGGCGGUGCGCAACCACGGGGCGGGCGCGGCGCUGGUGCUGCGCCGCGUCGAGGUGCUCAGGCGCACCACGGGCUUUGCCUGCCAGCCUUGCGGCGAGCUCGACGUGCGGCUGCCUCCGGGGGCCGAGGUGACGCUCGUCAUCGAGUGCUCGCCCCGGCAUGUGGGCAUGUGCUACGAGACCCUCUCGAUCACCUUCGACGAUGAGGGCGCCCACUUCACGGUCGGCAGGUUCCUCAGCGUGAGCUGCGGCGACCCUGACGUGCUUGACGUGCUGAAGGCGACGGCGCCGUACCAGCGGCCCAAGCGUCGGCGCCCGCCACCAGCCAAGGAGCAGGUCACCGAGAUCGCGCCGCCGAGUGAGCCUCCGAGCUCGGUCAAGCUCAAGCUCCCUACGCAAGCCUUCGGGAUCAAGCCCGAGUGGCGGCGCAAGAUGGAGAGUGGCAGCGCGAUCGAGGAGCUGGAGGGGCUGCGGGCGCGUCUCAUUUCCGAGCCGUCCGCUGGGCUGCUCUCUCUCUACGCCGACUUGUUCGCGAAGUUGCUCUGGCUCGAGGAGCGCCAGCUGGUCGCCGACCUGAGCAACUUCGACCUCAUCGAGGAGAAGGCGGUCACUCUGGACCCGAGGGGCGGCGGGUUGCUCGCGGUGCACGUCCACGGCCUCGCCGAGAAGCGGCCGUCGGUGCUCAAGGGCGACACCCUGCGCGUCAACCGCGUGGGCGAGCCCAAGGUUGUUUACUUGGGCCGCGCCGCGCUGAUCGAGAGGGAGGAUGUGCUCCUCCGCCUCAAACCGCAGCUCGGCUAUAUCUGCGGGCAGAAGGUGGAAGUGCGCUUCGUGAUGAACCGCGGUCCGCUCCGCAUCUUCCACCAGGGCCUGUCCAUGCUGGGCAAGCUCGCGCCCCACGUCCUGUUUCCGCCCAGUACGCUGGCCGCGUCGCUGCGGAAGCCGCCGCGGACGAGCACCUUCCCACUCCGCUUCUCCAACCGCAGCGUCGGGGCCAACGAGGCGCAGGCGGAGGCCGUGCGUCGCGUCGUGGAGGGGGAGGCGCGCGCGGUGCCGUACUGCAUUUUCGGACCGCCCGGGACGGGCAAGACAACCACCGUCGUCGAGCUCGUCCUCCAGUGCCGGAAGCUGCCGCCCAGCGUCGCCUGCUGCGGCUACACACACACGCCGCCGCCAGCUCCGGCCUUCCGCAUUCUCGUCAGCGCGCCGACCAACACCGCCGCCGAUCUGCUCUGCUCGCGGCUCGCAACCAAGGGGCUGAGGGACCCGCUGUCGAUGCUGCGGCUGAACUCGUACUCGCGCACCAAGACGGACGUGCCCUCGGACGUCUUUGACCUCAGCUGCUGGUCGGACGGCGAGAGUGCCUUCACACCACCGCCACUGCUCGAGCUCCUCAGCAAGUCGGUGGUGGUGGCGACGCUUAGCAUGGCGGGGAAGCUCGUCAAUUUUGGCGUCCCGCGCGGCCACUUUGACCUCCUCGUGAUUGACGAGGCGGGCCAAGCUCUCGAGCCGGAGGCUGUGGCGCCGAUCGCGACGCUGCUCGGCAGCGAUGGUCAGCUCGUGCUCGCCGGAGACCCCAGGCAGCUGGGGCCUGUCAUCCACGACACUCGGGCGCAAGAGCUCGGACUUGCGACCUCGCUCCUCGAGCGAAUGAUGGCGCGCCCGCUGUACGGCCGCAGCGAUAGCGGCGACUACAACCCGCUGGUGCUCACGAAGCUGGUGCAAAACUACCGCUCGCACGAGGUGCUGUUGCGGCUUCCGAACGAGCUCUUCUACGAGGACGAGCUGCUCCCCUGCGCGGACGCCGAGCUGCAGCGCCACUGCUGCGGCCGCGAGUACUCGGAGGAGCCUCUCGACACGAAGGGCCUUCCGCUCAUCUUCGACGGCGUGGUCGGGAAGGACGAGCGCGAGGGCUCCUCGCCCAGCUGGUUCAACAGCCACGAGUGCCAGCAGGUGAUGCGGUACGUGCAGGCGCUGCUGCGCGUGCGCGGCCGGCCGCUCGCGCCUGCGGACAUUGGCGUCAUCACGCCGUACAACAGGCAGGCGCAGAAGCUCUCCAGACUCUUGGCCCGCGCCGAGCUGCCUGUCGGCAAGGGCGGCAUCAAGGUGGGCUCGACCGAGCUCUUUCAGGGCCAAGAGCGCAAGGUGAUCAUCCUCUCGACGGUGCGCUCCUCCGCCGACCAGAUUGGCUUCGACGUCGCGCACAACCUCGGUUUCCUGCAGAACCCGAAGCGCUUCAACGUCGCGACGACCCGCGCUUGCUGCCUGAUGAUCGUGGUCGGCAACCCGCACGUCCUCGCGACGGACCCGCAUUGGGGCCACCUGCUGCGCUUGUGCGUCCAGCUGGGCGCCUACCGGGGCGUGCCCGCCCCCACGGUGACGACGCAGACUGCCACCACCGGAUCUGCUCGGGCCGGCGGCAGCGGCGGCGGCGGUGACGGCGCCCUUACGGGCGAUGGGGGCGAUGGGGUGGAGGAGCUCACGCGGCAGCUGGAGCAGCUCAUGCUAGGCGCCGACUCCUCCGAGAGAGUGCUACAGGAGGGCAUGGCGAUGCCCGUUUGGGAAUGA